AUGGCAGCCGAGCAGAAGCACAAGCCGGCAGAGGCCAACAAGAACUACAAGGGCUUCGUGGCCGGCGUCUUCUCCGGCAUUGCCAAGCUGACGGUCGGCCACCCCUUCGACACCAUAAAAGUGCGCCUCCAAACCACCGACCCGUCUCGCUUCAGCGGGCCCCUCCAAUGCCUCGUCUCCACGGUGCGGCACGAGGGGGUCCGGGGCCUGUACAAGGGCGCGACACCACCCUUAGUCGGCUGGAUGUUCAUGGACUCCGUGAUGCUCGGCUCGCUGACCGUGUACCGGCGCCUGCUCGCCGAGCACGUCUUCCAGCACCAGCUGACCCCUUCUCACCCCGGGGCCAGCACCGUUAAGCCCGAGACCGAGGGCCCCAUCGCCGCGACCUCGCACGCGGCGGCGCACCUGCCCUCGUACGGCCACGGGCUCGCGGGCGUCAUGGCGGGCGCCACCGUGAGCUUCAUCGCCGCGCCCGUCGAGCACAUCAAGGCGCGCCUGCAGAUCCAGUACGCGGCCAAGAAGUCGGAGCGGCUGUAUUCGGGGCCGCUGGACUGCGUGCGCAAGAUCUACGGCGCGCACGGCGUCGCCGGCGUGUACAAGGGGUUUUUUGCUACCCUGCUAUUCCGCUCCUUUUUCUUCUUCUGGUGGGGUUCCUACGAUGUGAUCACGCGCAUAAUGAGUGAUCGGACCACGCUCAGCGCGCCCGCGAUCAACUUCUGGGCGGGCGGGCUGAGCGCGCAGGUUUUCUGGUUGACGAGCUAUCCGAGCGAUGUGGUGAAGCAACGUAUCAUGACGGAUCCAAUGGGUGGAAAGCUCAACGAUGGAACACCAAGGUUUAGGAAUUGGGGGCAGGCGGCCAAAGCUGUGUAUGCAGAUGCUGGUGUUAAAGGAUAUUGGAGAGGAUUCGUGCCUUGUUUUCUAAGAGCAUUUCCCGCCAAUGCCAUGGCGCUGGUCGCAUUUGAAGGUGUCAUGAGGGCAUUACCAUGA